GAAAAUAUGACGAAGAAUCUCGUGUGCGUGCGUUUGUGAGGGAAAACGACGAUAAAGGGAGGGGGAGAGCGCAGGAAAUUAUGUAAAUCCCAACAACCAGCGAAGGGACGGAUCAUCAACAAUUCAAUGCACCUGAGGAAAAGUUCAUUGCUACAGUGAGCCAACAACAGUUAGUAGUGUGUAGCGCAUAUAUCGUGAAUACGGGGGAAAAAUGGUGGUCAAAACAAGUUGGUGAAUGAAACUCUGUGUGUGCGCCUCUCGUCGUUCAUUUUCGGAGGAAGAUUUUCUUCGUCCCUUUAAAAAUGGUGACAGGAUUGUUUUUGUUUUCUUUUUUUUUUCUCGCGAAUAGUGUGCGCCUAUGAGUAGGCAUAGAUGAUCUGAGGAUAGUGACGGAAGAGGAUACGCAAUUCCAGAAUGGUCUAUCAUUGGCUAUUGAGCUAUGUGUGUUACGGUUUGACAGCAGACUUGAGCGCAUAAAAACAUGAGAAUCUAGUCAAAAGCAAAGUCAGCAGUGAUCUACCAAAAAAAAAAAAAAGAAGAAGGGAAAACCAAGCUAAACAAACCUGUCACGAGACAGAGACACAGCGCUCGUGUAGCAAUCGAACCAAAAAGUGUAAUAUGGAGCAAUGCAAUAACGAUCGUCCCUGUGUGAUCAGCAGCGGGAACUUUUUCCCGCAGGGCGUGCCUACGAACGGUGCGCCGCAUCAGCAUAAUAACCACCAUAACAAUAAUAAUAAUAACAACAACAACAACCAUAAUAGCCACGGUAACCAACACAAGCAAAGGCAGCAUCAGCACCACCAGCACCCACACCAUUCCCCGCCACCCAUCAGCAAGCACCUGACGCAGAAGCAUGACCCGAACCUGCACAGCCCGGCCAACGAUCAGUCGUCGUUGGGUGAGAUCGAGGUGAUUCUGGUCCAGCAGCACAAGCAGGAUGCCCUCUCGGUGAUCAUCCACCCGCAGGAGGGCAUGCAGCAGAUCAACAUGUGCUUGAGUGGUUCCGGCAAUCCCGGCUCGGUGGACUCGAUCAUGUCGUCGGACUUCCAAACCCUGUCGCCGAUGCACGAUCGGGACUCGCCCGUCAGUAUCAGUGCGAACACGUCGUACGCCACAUUGACCCCGUUGCAACCCCUGCCACCUAUUUCGACCAUGUCGGACAAGUUCGCCUAUUCCUUAGGGGGCAACAUCUGUGAGCCAUUUCCCGGGAUGAACAACAGUUCCGUCGGGGUGAACAUAGAGAUCAACUCGUGCUACAACCUCGAGAAACUGGGCGUGAUCCAUUCACCUGUUCACAUCAAUUCAGUCCAGGAGCUAUCACCGACGGAUAUGCACCAUCAUGGGUUGGACAAGAGUCACGUCCUGAAGGACGCCAAGCUGGACCACCUCUCUGAUAAGGACGUGGACGUGGCAGACGGUAAGAACGAAUGUAUCCUGGUACGUGCCUCUCCGAUUCCCUCGAAUCUCAGCUCAGUGGACGAUCGCUUUCUGACGUCGACGGCGAAGCCGGAUCUUGGCCGUCAGAAGGACGACACCGACCAAUUCACCAGUACAGUGCAAUAUCUGGAUCAUCCGAGUGAUUCGGACGUGAUCCACGGUGGUGGCGUAGGUGGACCCGGCGGGGCCGGAUCCUGCAUCAAAGAUCACCAUUCGACCAUAUUUCUCAACAAGUCUUUCAGUUCAAAAGCAAACAUAAGCGACCUUAAUCUGUGUAAAGAAAUUGUUAUAGAUGAUGUUUACGAAGAGUCCGACUUGGAUCACGUCAAGCUGGAGGAAAAGAAGCUGGAAGAUUCGCUCACCGGAGGCCAUCACUCGUCGCUGUCGAACGGGGGUGGUGGAAAGUGCGGCGGUGGAGGUGUCGGUUCGAUGGGUGACGUCGGUUGCAUGAAUGGUGACGUCGAGGAGAUCAAUACCAAGGAGCUGGCCCAUCGGAUCAGUUCGGAGCUAAAGCGCUACAGUAUCCCGCAGGCAAUCUUCGCACAGCGUGUCCUUUGCCGGUCGCAGGGUACGCUCUCCGAUCUGCUCCGAAAUCCGAAACCGUGGUCCAAGCUCAAGUCCGGCCGGGAAACGUUCCGGCGCAUGUACAAAUGGAUCCAGGAGCCCGAGUACCAGAGGAUGUCCGCCCUCAGGCUAGCAGCAACUCAAUCGGCGAAACCAGCAGUGAAUGCUAAAAAGCACGAGGAACCGGAACCUAACAUCAUGAUGGGACACUCGAAGAAGCCCCGGCUCGUCUUUACGGAUCUGCAGAGAAGGACGCUUCAGGCGAUAUUCAAAGAAACUAAGAGACCUUCGAAGGAGAUGCAAGUGACGAUUGCCCGGCAGCUCGGGCUGGAACCGACAACGGUCGGCAACUUUUUCAUGAACGCCCGGCGCCGUUCGAUGGACAAGUGGAAGGACGACGCGAUGAAGGCGGCUCGCAACGGUGGUGGUGGCGGCGGCGGUGGAAGCAGCGGCCUGGGCAGUGGCCUCGGCAUGCUCGGCGGCGGUGGUAGCAACAGCAGUAGCAACGAUAACCUUAUCCUGGAGCACCUGAAAGACGACUCGUCGGACGACGCACUCGGCGGUUACGAUAGUUCGUUUGCGUCCGACGGCGGUCCAAUGGAACAUAACUAUCAGCAGCACGUUCUCAACUAAUAAAUUAAUUUAAUUCCAAAGGAUUAUUGAACGCAGUCGCGACUCACACACACACACAAAGCAGCAAGCCAGUAGAAAAAAUAAAAACGAUGAACGCCGGUCUGAGGACGGAAUGGAAGCAGAAUUUAAAUGAAUUCACACGCGAAAACAAAUAAGGAAAUGCAAACGCUAGCUAAAUAAAAGAAGAAAAAAAAAAACACAACAAUAUGAGGAAAACAAAAAAAAAACACAUUUAGUAGGAUUAAUCAGAGUACUAAACAAAAAAAAAGUAACAAAAAAUCGUAGGUGUGUGGCUAUUCACGAAAGCUUGUGAGAAACAAAGUAAAUAAUGAAGUAAAAAAAAGUAACUGAGUAAGGAUUAGUAGGUUUUCUUUGCAUUUUAAACCAAAUUUAAUUUAAUUUAAAUUAUUAACUGAAAAAAGGAAAAAAAAUCUAGUCUGUUCUUUCGAAAAAAAAAAAACAAAGUAAGUACUAAGACAAAAAC